AAGUGAAAUAUAAGGGCCUUAAAGUGAACAACAAAAGGGGCAGUUUUGGAAAUUAACAGAGUAAGAGACAGCACAGAGGGACAAUGAGGCAACUCGCAGAGCAUACAUUUAACAUUCCUUCAGAGUAAAAUAUUGCUAACAGGGACCCUAACCCACCGUUAUAAUCCAACGGUCAGAGCAUGCUUUCACUGAACUCACCCACGGCCCAGAUUAAUCCAUAAAAAAUGCAACACACACACACACACCAUAUAUACUUACAAAUUACUUACACACGCGCGCACCCCACACACACGUACACGCACGCACACACAUAUAAAAAUGACGUAGACUCUCCGCCCUCCGGUUAUGAUCUCUCUCUCUCUCUCUCUCUCUCUCUCUCUCUCUCAUUCAAUAUGUUUCCUCCAUUUCUCAGUCUGUAAUUUCCAUACAAAAGUUCACAUAUAUAUAUAUUAUAUAUAAUUUUAAAUUGUUCAACCAUUUCGUUGUUUUGGGAUCGCGAAAGCUGAAGAUCGGAUCGAACUCAAACCCUAGGUUUCACUCUCUCCGAUAAAAAAAAAGGUUAGUUUUUUUUUUUCUUCCAAUUUUUUUUUUUCACGUCGAACAAAACCGUUCUGUAGCAGUUUUCUUCUGUGUUUUUUUUCUUCUUCAAAUAUAUUUAUUUUUCGUUUUUUGCAGAUGUCGUAAACACUCGCGGAGAGAGUCAUUUCUUCGAGUGUUUCCUUCAAUUAAUCGAAGACGUUGAAGAAGCUUUAAAGAAGAAGACGAAGAAAAUGUCGUCGUCAAACUCCCCAUGUGCAGCGUGUAAGUGCCUCCGGCGGAAGUGCACGCAGGAGUGCGUGUUCGCGCCGUAUUUUCCGCCGGAUAAUCCUCAGAAGUUCACCAACGUCCACAAGGUCUUCGGCGCCAGCAACGUGGCCAAGUUGCUGAACGAGCUGAACGCCGCUCAUCGGGAGGACGCCGUUAACUCGCUGGCGUAUGAGGCGGAGCAGCGCCUCCGCGACCCGGUGUACGGCUGCGUGGGACAAAUCUCAAUCCUCCAGCAGCGGCUGAAGCAAGUCCAGAUUGAGUUGGACUCCGCCAAGAAGGAACUCUCCGCCUACAUCGGCCCCGCCGCACUAAUGCCCAUGUUGAACAACCAGGGUUUCCUGCAACACCACUCCAACUUCAACCCGGCGGCCGCCGCCGCCGCCUACCAGAUGGUGCCCUACAAUGUCCAGCAAAUGAUGGGCCCUCCGACUGGGGUCCCACACGGUGCCGCCCAGCUCAUGAUUCGCGGCGGCGACCCUCACCACCCCCACCACCAGCACCACCAACAGCAACAGCAGCAGUUUCUUGAGGCGCAGCAGUUAGCAAUGGCGGCGGCCGCCGCCGCUAGAGAGCAGGAGAUGCUGAGAACCUUCGAGCACCAACAGAAUCAUCAUCAGCAGCAGCACAGUGAGUUAGUGAGGUUCAACAAUGGGUUUGACGACGACGAAGUGGGUGGUCCAGUCACAGCCACCGGAUUCAACCAGAUGGUGACGGCGGCGGCGCCAGUGGCGGCGCAGCCGUCGUUAGCCCUAGGAAAUGCUUACGAAACAAUCCCUUAUCACCAGAUUCAACAUCAACAGCAAGAGCACUCUCAUAAUCAAACACACAUGCUCUCUCAUCACCCACACCAGAUUCAACUUCAGCCGCAAGAUCUUUUGCAGCAACAACAACAACAUAUCGUUGCAGCUCACCAUCAACAACAGCAUCAGCAGCAGCAGCACCAAUUAGCAGCAGCUCAAACGCAUGCCACACAAUCACAACAGCAGCAGCAGCCAAUGAGAGCUAAGAGCGAGGAGGGCAGGAGCAUUUAAAUCAUUAAUUUUUGUAAUUGGUUCCAUAAUUUCCAUAUAUCUUCCUCCGAGCUUUUGUUCAUCAAACGGAAAUAUUCCAUCCAGCAAAGCUUAGGGCGGAGAUUAGCGUAGCGAGGAAAAAGAAAGAGAGAGAGAAAGACUCAUCAGAUCGGGAUAGAGAGAGAAACAAAUCUUGUAAUUUUGUCACUUGUACGUAAUUACCAGUUUUUUUUUUUCUUUUUUUUUUUUUUGGAACUUCGAAAAAGACAAAUUUCUGGAGGAAAAAUACAUUUGAAAAAAAAAACGUAGGAGCAGCGUUGAUUUCAAACAAUAGUUGUUCUCUUUCCGUUUACAUUCUAAAGGUUACUUCUUUUUGCCGGUA